AUGGGUUCCAGCGCUCCGGGUUCCCAGCGCUCGGCGGGAGCCCCCACAAAAGAAUUUUACUCCGGCUCGUGCGACAGCCAGCCGCUCUGGAACAAGGCUCGCGCUCGGCGCGCCGUCUCGGUCGCGCUGAUUUCCGCCUCGGCCUUCCGCGCGCUCCGCCUCGUCGCUGCUUGCGAGCGCGCGCAGCCCCUGCCCUAG